GUGUUUAUCGAUAUAUGAUCGGAGGACUGAGCAGUCUGAACAGCAGGUGGCGGUGAAGCUCUCCCUGUUUAAUGUUCAUUACAAGAAGAAGAGGCGGUCAGAGUGCGCAUGCGCAUCAUAACCUCAUAACCAUCUGUAGUCUGACAGGGGUGACAUGGUUCGGUUUCAGUGUGUCUCCGGGUCUGUCUCAGUUUGAUCCGGUCCAGAUGUUCAGACUGCUGCUCCGGAGGCUUCGGCCUCUCAGCGGGCCGCCGGGCCUCCUCUCUGUCCGCUCAGCUCGCUCCUUCAGCGGCUGUCCUCCGGAGCUCUCCGCUGCCGGGAUCCGGAGCACCUUCCUGGACUUCUUCCGCCAGAAACACGGACAUCUGCUGGUCCCAUCGUCUCCGGUCCGGCCCCGAGGAGACCCCAGCCUGCUGUUCGUCAACGCCGGCAUGAACCAGUUCAAGCCCAUCUUCCUGGGGACGGUGGACCCCCGCAGUGACAUGGCGUCAUACCGCAGAGUGGUCAACAGUCAGAAAUGUGUCCGAGCCGGAGGCAAACACAACGACCUGGAGGACGUGGGCCGGGACGUGUACCACCACACCUUCUUCGAGAUGCUGGGAAACUGGUCAUUUGGAGACUACUUCAAGGAGGAGGCGUGCUUGAUGGCAUGGAGCCUCCUCACAGAGCAUUAUGGGAUACCUGCUGACAGACUGUACGUGUCUUACUUUGCUGGCGACGCUGCAUCAGGUCUAACAGCUGAUGAGGACACUCGACAGAUCUGGUUGGACAUCGGGGUCCCCCCCAGUCACCUCCUGCCGUUUGGCCUGAAGGAGAACUUCUGGGAGAUGGGGGACUCUGGUCCCUGUGGCCCCUGCACCGAGAUCCACUACGACCAUGUUGGGGGACGAGACGCUGCGUCGCUGGUCAACGCUGACAGUCCUGAUGUGGUGGAGAUCUGGAACCUGGUCUUCAUGCAGUACAACAGGGAGGUGGACAACAGUCUGCGGCUGCUGCCCCAGUUCAGUGUGGAUACUGGGAUGGGACUGGAGAGACUGGUGAGCGUUCUGCAGGGAAAGAGAUCAAACUACGACACGGACCUGUUCACCCCCCUGAUCCACGACAUCCACCAGAGGUCGAGGGUGGGGCCAUACAGCGGCAGGAUGGGUGCAGCGGACCAUGGGAAGGUGGACAUGGCAUACAGGGUGGUGUCGGACCACAUCCGCACUCUGUCAGUCUGCAUCGCUGACGGAGUUCAUCCAGGCAUGUCAGGAGCUGAGUUGGUCCUGAGGAGGAUUCUGCGGCGUGCGGUUCGGUUCUGUGUCGAGGUUCUUCAGGCUCCUCAGGGAGCGCUGGCUAGCUUGGUUCCUACCGUCGUCCACACCCUGGGUGACGUGUAUCCGGAGCUCCACAGGGAGGCAGACCGGAUCAUGGACGUCAUCAAUGAGAACGAGGAUCACUUCCUGUCUUCUCUGCAGCAGGGCAGCAGGCUGAUCCACCGCACGCUCAACAAGAUGGACUACAAACAUGGAGUCUUCCCUGCAUCGGUGGCCUGGUCUCUACACAGGGACCUGGGUUUUCCUCUGGACCUGGUGGACCUGAUUCUGGAGGAGAAAGGAGUCCAGGUGGACCCUCAGGAACUGGACCGACUGAUCGCAGAGAACCACAAGGUGGCGUCAGGUGAGCAGUCAGGUGAGCGGUCUCAGGUGAUGUUGGACAUCCUCAGUCUGGCGGAGCUUCAGCGUCUCGCCGUCCCUCACACCGAUGACGGCCUCAAAUACCAGUACAGACUGGAUCAGGACCGCUAUAUAUUCCCAGCAUGCCGUGCGACAGUCCUGGCUCUGUACGAUGGUCAGGCUCUGGUGUCGGAGGUCACUGAGGGUCAGCGCUGUGGGGUCAUCCUGGACCAGACCUGUUUCUACUCCGAGCAGGGGGGGCAGUCACAUGACUGCGGCUACUUCACCCGUGACGGACAGCAGGACGUGCCAUUCCCCGUAGAGGAUGUGGUCCUGGCGGGGGGGUACGUGGUCCAUCAGGUGACCGCAGCUGACAGCCUAAAGACCGGGGACCAGGUCCAGCUACACCUGGACCAGGUGCACAGGUUGUCCUGUAUGGUGAAACACACGGCGACUCACAUCCUGAACUUUGCUUUGAGGACAGUUCUGGGUCCUUCAGUCCAACAGAGAGGGUCUCAUGUGUCAGCUGAUCGCCUGCGCUUUGACUUCAGUGUUAAGGGUUCUCUGAGCAUCUCUCAGCUGCAGCAGGUAGAGAAGUGUGUUAACGACAUUGUCUCAGCCAAUCAGAUCGUCCACAGCCAGGAGCUUCCUCUGCAGACAGCCAGGAGCAUCAGGGGACUGAGGACAGUGGACGAGGUCUAUCCUGACCCGGUUCGGGUGGUGUCGGUGGCGGUCCCUGUCUCUGAGCUGUUGGACGACAAUACAGACAGAGAGACGUCUGUGGAGCUCUGCUGUGGAACUCACCUGCUUCAGACCGGAGCUAUAGAGGAUCUGGUGAUUGUCUCUGAGAGACAGAUGGUGAAAGGAAUCAGUCGCAUCAUCGCUGUGACGGGACAGGAUGCCACACGGGCUCGGGAGGCGGUUCAGGUUUUGUCUCGGGAUGUGGACUCUCUCUCAGCCAGACUGACAGGCUCCGCCCCUGCCACUAUUGUCUCCGCCCAGCGUCUUGCCAAGGAUGUGGGAAUCCUCUCUGAUGCUGUAGAUAACACCCCCGUCCCUCAGUGGCAGCGCAGAGAGCUGCAGGGUCGACUUAGAGCUCUGCAGAGGACCAGUAACACCAUCGUCAGGAAGCUGGAGACCAGAGAGGCUGCAGGAAGAGCUCAGGCUCUGCUGGAGAAGAACGGCAGGAAGGAUCUUCUGGUGGACUCGGUGGAGACAGACUCUCUGUCGGUUGUGAUGAAGACGGUGAACCAGCUGAGCUCCUUCUCUCCUCUCAGCCAUGUGAUGCUGCUCGCUCACCAGAGGCAUUCUGGGAAGGUUCUGUGUGCCUGCCAGGUUCCCAAGGACUCAACGUCUCUCCCGGCCUCUGAUUGGGCGGUUGCGGUGUGCCGUCACCUCAGGGGGAGCGCCGGGGGCUCAACGCUGGUUGCCAAGGGAACAGGGAGUAGCAAUGACAUCACCGAGGCUCUGAGAUGGGCAGAGGAGUUCGCCCGCCAGAACAUGCAGCGAUGACCUCAUGAAAAGAGAUGACAUCAUAGUGAUCUCACAGCACCUCCUAGCGGAGGCCACAACAUGCUGUACAGGUUACUCUAAGCCCCGCCCCCAGCUGCAGCUAGCAUCCCCUCAUUGGAUGGCAGGCUCAAGUGUGAAGGUUCAUUCUUUUAAACGGAUAUCUUGAACAUUUCUUUGUUUUAAAAGAAAUAAAAACAUCUCAGAUUGA